AUGCGCCUUCGAAGAUUUGCUCUGUGGUGGUGCAUUCAUCUGAUAGCAAUCAUCUUUCCCAAGGAGGGAAAAGCAGAUAGAGUGGCAGAACUCCUGGAUGAAAUCUCUACACAUAUCAAGGCAACUGAGCCUGGGACAUUGAAGUAUGAGAUUAAGAAAGAAGUCAACAAAAAGACGGGUGCUGUAGAAAUCAUUAUGUUUGAGAGCUAUAAAGAUAGGACUGCAAUCGCAGCCCAUGGAUCAUCGGAAGAAUUCAAAGCUUUUGGCAAGAAGUUGAAGGAUGAGGAUCUGAUUGCCAAGCCCAUGGAAUUGAAGUUUUUGAAGCAUGUUGGGGGAUUCUCGUCGAGGUUGUGA